ACAUUAUCAAUUUAAAAAAUGACAGCGUAAUUAUUCAAAUAUGAAUAAAUAUGUUCCGAGAUUAUUUCAAAUAUUACAAAAGUCGUAAUCCAUCUCCAAAUUUUGAAAAUGUCAUUGAUGUUAAUAAUUCCACAAAAGUUAGACAAGUACCUGUUAAAUGUGUAUUAAAAUGCUCAAGAAUAUUUACUUUAGGAUUAACAGAUGUAUCAUCAUGGAAAAUAUAUGAAUUUAAUGAUAUACCAGGUUUAAUAUUUAUUAAAAAUCCAUUUACGUCUGCUGGACAACGUCACUGGAUCACAACGUGCCUGAGAGAUUACCCGAGGAAGCCAAAUAAAUUAAAUAUAGAUGCGCAUGGUCUUCUGGAAGACAACGAGACCUGGUGGGAUAUCUGUACGAGAGGUGACGAACGUGCGGUUGGUUUGAUUCCUAAAUUACGUUGGGCAACGAUGGGGUACCAUCAUAACUGGGAUACUAAACAUUACUCCGAGGAUUUACGGACAGAAAUGCCGGGAGAUUUAGCUGAGAUGUCAAAAGUAUUUGCCGAAGCUCUUGGAUUCAGAGAUUUCAAUGCUGAAGCUGCUAUAAUUAAUUACUAUCGCAUGAAUUCAACCCUUGCUGGUCAUACGGAUCAUUCGGAAGUUGAUCUACAUGCCCCAUUGAUCUCCAUAAGCUUUGGACAGACGGCGGUUUUUUUAAUCGGAGGUUCAACGCUCGAGGAUCCAGCCAAUGGUAUUUUUAUUCGCAGUGGCGACGUUGUCAUUAUGACCGGGCAGUCGCGUUUGAAUUAUCAUGGAGUUCCUAGGAUUUUAGCUGAUCAAUCUUUGACUUGGGAACUAGAUAAAGACAUUUGUUUGAAUAGUGAUCAUGACUGGAGUAAAGCCAAAUCUUUUAUCAAUGAAACGAGGAUCAAUAUCAAUGUCAGACAGGUUUUGAAACCUGGACAGUGUAAUUUGCGUCAAAGUAUUUAAUUAUUUAUUUGAAUAUGAAUAUAUUUUAUUGUACAGUCUAUCUAAUAAAUUUUAUAUUAAAUUGUAAUAAAAAAAAAUUUUGAAAUUAAUAGAAUG